AUGUUCCCCUCUCAAUCCACCUUGAAGAAGAACUUUUUCAUCCCUUCGCCUGCUGCUGAUGCUGCACCUGCUCCCUCUGGCGCUAACCUCUAUGCUCGUUUCGCCUUUGCUGGUGCUGUCUGCUGUGCCAUCACUCACGGUGCCAUGACUCCCGUUGAUGUCGUCAAGACCCGUAUGCAGCUUUCUCCCGAAGUUUACAACAAGGGUAUGAUUGGCAGCUUCAAGCAAGUUGUCCAAGCCGAAGGUGCUGGUGCUCUUUUGACCGGUUUCGGUCCUACUGCUGCUGGUUACUUUUUGCAAGGUGCCUUCAAGUUUGGUGGUUACGAAUUCUGGAAGAAGACCUUCAUUGAUAUCGUUGGUCUUGACAAGGCUCGUGAGAACCGCACUGCCAUCUACCUCGGUUCUUCUGCUAUUGCCGAGUUCUUUGCUGAUGUCGCUCUUUGCCCAUUGGAAGCUACUCGUAUUCGUCUUGUCUCUCAACCUACCUUCGCCUCUGGCUUGUUGUCUGGUUUCGCUAAGAUCUUGAAGGAAGAGGGUGCCAUCAAGGGCUUCUACAGUGGUUUCGGUCCUAUCCUCUUCAAGCAAGUUCCUUACACCAUGGCCAAGUUCGUCGUUUACGAACGUGCUGCUGAGGCUAUCUAUGACAGCAUCUCCACCCCCAAGGAUCAACUUGCUCCUUCCACUGUCACCUGUGUCAACCUUGGUGCUGGUAUCAUUGCCGGUACUGCUGCUGCUAUCAUUUCUCAGCCCGCUGAUACCUUGCUCUCCAAGAUCAACAAGGCUCCCGGUGGUGAAGGUCAAUCCGUUACCUCCCGUCUUGUCCAAAUGGCCGGCCAACUCGGUGCCAAGGGUCUCUUCCUUGGUCUCGGCGCAAGAAUUGUCAUGGUUGCCACCCUCACUGCUGGUCAAUUCGCUAUCUACGGUGAUAUCAAGCGUGCUCUUGGUGCCACCAACGGUGUUGAAAUUGCCAAGUAA